UGCAUACGUCUGCUAAGCUGCACCCUCAUCAUGUUGAGAAAUAUGAUCAACAAUAUAGAAGUGUCUGUGCCCAAUGAUACUAAUCAAAACGAUGACAUGCUUGAUGAUUCAUUCGAUCCUAUGCGAGAUGAUUGGGAGAACAUCAACAUCAACUCGUAUGAGCAUGGUCCAGGUGCCAACUUGGAUGUAAAUUUGCAAUGUCCAAGACACAGGGAUAAAAAUAAUCAAGUUGUAUACAAGAUAAUGGUCAAUAGAAUUCCUCCUGGCCUUACACGGGUUGGUUUAGAAAAUCUCUUUCUAAACUUUGGGACACCCAAUGUGUUAAAAUGCCAGGAACAAGCUUCUGACAAAUUAAACUUUGCCCUUAUAUCAUAUAACACCUUGGCAGAGGCGAUAAGAGCAAUAAGGUUUUUUGACACAACUACAUUAUUUAAUCAAAUGAAAGUGGGUUUUGCACGUAGUGAUGAGGAAAAUGUAAGGAUACAAAGAAAGCGUCAAGAGGAGGAAAGACAGUUUGCCAAUAUGGUACAGCAGAGAAACAAUAAUUAUCAACCAGCCCUGCGGCAAGAUAGAUCUCCAGGAAAAACAAAUCGUCCACUUUUAAGAAUGCUUGGCCGUGGCUUUAACCGCGGUAGGUUUAUUUUGAAAGCUACCAAGGAAGCAUCUGAUAGGAAGGCAGGGCUUCAAAAUUGUGCCUGGUCGAAUGGGGUUCCUGACUUCAGAGAUUCCUCUGGAAUGUUGUAUGAUCCUAAGUCAUAUAGAUACAAUACCACCAAUAAAGUUUUGCAGAGUAUUGUUGUCACUGCAGGAGGAAAUUCACUCCGUAAGGUUGCAAUGGGUCGUGGAUUUGUUCCUCCUGAAAAUUCGACUGUUGACUUAAACCAUGACAAGCCUUUAUUUGGAGUUAUUGGAACUGAUAUUCAGGUACCCAUACAGCCUUGUGUUGCUUGUGGAGCAGAAACACCCCAAAAAUGUUCGCAGUGUGGAGCUCCAUAUUGCUCAGUUCAAUGUCAGAAGGUUGAUUUUCGAAGGCACAGGCCUAUGUGUACUCCCAAAGAAUCCAUUGACAUUAUUCUUGAACCAAAUCUUCAAAACACUGUGAGGUCGGCCCCUCUAUGUCAAAACAACAACCCAGUUGAGGCUUCAACAACAAUCAACACCCAACGAUUUUGGGGGAAACCAGAGAAGAAUGUUCUGAGUUUACUCCAAACUGGAACUGAUUCUAUAUUUUCUAUCAACUCCACAUCAGAUGGAAAAUACCAUGGCACGCUUAGCUGUGGUCCUAUUUUUGAAUUUGCCCAGAACCUUUUUGUAGAUUUACCUGAUGAAAUGAAAAAGUCUUUUUACAAUUCACUACUGUGGCCAUCAAUGGGUAUGCUUGUGGCAGUACGCUUUGAGGACUCAAUAUGGCGUGGAUACAUAAUUAACAUUCCGUGUUUGGGAUCAUCAACCAAAUACACAGUAGCUCUCUGUGAUUAUGGUAAAAUCGUAACAGUUGACAUAUCAGAUCUUUUGUCACUGCCGUCUUCCUAUCACACUUUGCCUGAAUUGGCUGUCACUUGUGAAGUAGUCCAAGCAGUUGCUCUAAAAGAUAAUUUGGACUUACAUAUCGUAAGCUCCUGUAAUAGUGGGGCAACUGCCAAAAUCAUGGGUGAAAAUAAAUCAGAAAUUGGUAUUGUAUCUUUGUCGCCAUGGCUGCCGUCUUGUGGCGACGAUCUUAUCCCAGUUUCAAUUGAACCGCCUUGUAUGGUAGUUGUCACUGCCUAUCAUAAUCAGGGGACAAUCUAUGUACGACCCUUAGGCAAGAAUAUUCAAGAACAACUUUUCACUCUGAUGCAAAAGGUGGCAACUAUAAAUGUAACAAGCCAGCCUAUCCAAAGACCACCAUACAAAGGAGAAAUGGUUGCUUGCCGAUACAAGAAGGAUGGCAACUUCUAUCGUGCCAUUGUAUCUGAGGCUGCAUCAACAAAUGAGUAUUCAGUUUUUUUUGUGGAUUUUGGAAAUGUAGAUGUUGCAUCUGCACUAGAUAUGAAACCCAUAUCCCAAGAAUUAAAAAAUCAUCCAUGCAUGGUAAUGCCUGUCAGCCUCAAAGGUGUAAAGCAGGGUCCCCUUUCUGAGGAUGCAAUUCAGUUGUUAAAUCGAAUUUCAUUAAAGGAGCAGCAGUUUAGGCUGGAGUGCCCAAAUACAUCUGUAGAAGGGGUAGAGCUAUAUUACCCAGACAAUAAAAGUCUGAACCACCAACUAAAUGAGCUUCUAAUGCCUGAAUGGGAAUUGCAAAUGAAGAAGGGAGCUGAACCCCACAAAGGAGAAGUUUUCUUAAUUGAUGGGGUGCCUGUUCUGCCUUUACUGAAAGAUGGGCAGAGAAAGGGCACAACCAAUGUUGUUGUGGCAAAUAUAAUUUUUGAUGGGCGGAUUGCUGUAUGUCCCAUUGACAGCCCCGAGGUCGAGCAUGUGCUGCAGACCCUCGCAUUUCAAAUUAAUGAGUUCUGUGAAUCAACAGAUCCUAAUAUGUGCUACAACCCACGUAUACAUGAAGUGUGUUUUGCUAAAUAUAAAGAUGGGUUGUGGUAUCGUGCCGUCAAUUAUGAGACAAAGACUCAAACACAGAGCUGCCAAGUGUUCUUCAUAGACUAUGGUAAUUCUGAGGAUGUAGAAUUUAAAGACAUCCGGCGCAUGGUUCCCGAUUUUGUGUCUAUUCCAGCAAUAAUGUCAAUGUGCUCUAUAGAUGGAACUCCAGAUGAUGUUACUUCAGAGACAGUGAAGAGGAUUAGUGAAUUGGUUUCUGUCAAUCAAGUAUACCAAGUGGAUGUUCUGGAAACAUUUGCCUCCGGGGACUAUAAAAUACACAUACCAGAAAUAUCCAAACAGUUGAUGUCUGAAUUCCGUCGUUAAUCUGCUGUAUGUUGUUUUUAUACUUAACCAAUUAAGAUGAACUACAGCUUCAAUAUUCAAAUGUAACUAUGAAUCAAUAUUACUUUUUUUAGACAUCCCUGAAUUGAUUCUGCAUGUAAGACAAUUGCAUACAAAUUAUGCCUAUGUUCAAAUUUUCUAUUUUUAUUGUUAUGAGACUGAUCAAAAGGAAAUCAAAGAUAAUUUUUUUCUGACUACCUUAAAACACUCAGACCAAUGUUUGUUUUGUUAACAGUAUUUCUGAAAUAAAAGAUCUGAUAUUUGUAAA